GACAUUUUGUUAGGCAUAACCCUACUGUCAUUGUCAAAUACAAAAUUUAAAAGAUACAAAAUACGUCAUAUAAUAUAGUGUGCUACUUUUCCGUUUUCUCUAAAUUGUCCUCGGAUUAAUCACAAAAUAUGUCUGGGCGUGAAGGAGGCAAGAAGAAGCCAUUGAAGGCCCCGAAAAAGUCAUCGAAAGAACUGGACGACGAUGACUUAGCUCUAAAACAGAAACUGAAAGAGCAACAAAAAGCUUUAGAAGAAGCCAAGGCUAAAGCUUCACAGAAAGGUCCUCUUGUUAGUGGCGGUAUAAAAAAAUCGGGCAAAAAGUGACAAAAUAUUUUUCCAUUAAUGUAUAUUUAUUUUAUAGGUUAAAAUUAUUGUAUAAGAACACUGAAGAAUCUUUCAUUUUUGCUCUUUACUUUGUAUCAGUGCUAUAUUGCUGCAUAAUAAUAAAACAACUGCACUGCCACAGUAGUGCCUAUUUCAACUGUACAUUUUGCAUUUUAACAUUUAUAAUAUUAUGUAUAACUAUUAUUAAAUAAAUGUGUCAAAGUUA